GCUCGCUGCGAUUACCAUGGCACCUUCAAAUGGGCACAGAAAUGGAAAGCAUGCGAAGUCGUCCAACAAGUCUGGAAACUUGAAGCGGAAGCGGGUCCAAGAGGACUUAUCAUCGCUCAUCAAGCGAGUCGAAGAUCUCGAUCUCAAAGCAAAAUACGAAUCGUUCUCCGAUUUGCCCAUUUCAGAACCGACUCUGUCCGGCCUUACAUCGUCACACUUCAAGACGCUCACCGACAUACAGUCUCGAGCGAUCAGUCAUGCGCUCAAAGGCCGAGAUGUUUUGGGCGCCGCAAAGACCGGAAGUGGAAAGACAUUGGCUUUUUUGGUCCCCAUAUUAGAGAACCUGUACCGAAAGCAGUGGUCUGACCACGAUGGCUUAGGAGCCCUUAUUAUCUCGCCGACGCGCGAGCUGGCGAUUCAGAUUUUCGAGGUGCUGCGGAAGAUUGGGCGGUAUCAUACGUUUUCUGCUGGAUUGGUUAUUGGGGGGAAGAGUCUGAAGGAGGAACAGGAGAGAUUGGGGCGGAUGAAUAUUCUUGUUUGUACGCCGGGUCGGAUGUUGCAGCACCUGGACCAGACGGCUUUCUUCGAGACGUAUAAUCUGCAGAUGCUGGUAUUAGACGAAGCAGAUCGGAUUAUGGACAUGGGUUUCCAAAAGACAGUCGAUGCGAUCAUUGGACAUUUACCACCCGAGCGCCAAACGCUUUUGUUCAGCGCGACACAGACAAAGAAGGUCUCUGACCUGGCUCGACUCAGUCUUCAGGACCCUGAGUAUGUGGCUGUCCAUGAGGCUGCGUCUUCUGCGACGCCGUCGAAGCUUCAGCAGCAUUAUGUCGUGACUCCACUUCCGCAAAAGCUCGAUACGCUGUGGAGUUUUAUCCGCAGUAACCUGAAAUCAAAGACGAUCGUAUUCAUGUCAUCAGGGAAACAGGUCCGGUUUGUUUACGAAUCCUUCCGGCACAUGCAGCCCGGUAUUCCUCUACUACAUCUUCACGGUCGUCAAAAACAGGGCGGACGGCUCGAUAUCACAACACGAUUCUCACAAGCCCAGCACGCAGUGCUAUUUUCCACUGAUGUUGCCGCUCGAGGUUUGGAUUUCCCCGCUGUGGAUUGGGUCAUUCAACUCGAUUGCCCUGAAGACGCAGAUACAUAUAUUCACCGUGUCGGACGAACAGCGCGGUACGAACGCGAUGGCCGUGCAGUGUUAUUCCUGGAUCCUAGCGAAGAGAAAGGUAUGCUCCGACGUCUCGAGCAGAAGAGAGUUACGGUGGAGCGAAUCAACGUGAGAGCGAACAAGCAGCAGAGUAUCAAAAAUCAGUUGCAGAAUAUGUGUUUCAAAGAUCCUGAGCUCAAGUAUCUCGGGCAGAAAGCUUUCAUUUCCUACGUCAAGUCCGUCUACAUCCAGAAAGACAAGGAGACAUUCAACCUGAAGGAACUUAAGCUGGACGAUUUUGCAGCAAGCCUAGGACUUCCUGGAGCACCUCGAAUCAAAUUCAUCAAAGGUGACGACACAAAGGAACGGAAGAACGCGUCUCGGGCUACAGCUUAUCUAACCAGCGGUGACGAGGAAUCCGACGAGGAAGGUGGAAAGAAAAAGCAGCCCAAGGAAAAGGAAGUGCGAACCAAGUACGACCGCAUGUUUGAGCGACGAAACCAGGAUGUGCUGGCAGAGCACUACUCGAAGCUUAUUAACGACGACGGCACGAUUGCCGACAGCAAGAACACCGAGGAGGCAGACGAAGACGAGGACUUCUUGUCCGUCAAACGCCGCUUCGACGCUGGAGACGACGCUCUUCACGCUGAAGACAGUUCUGCAUCCGACUCAGACGCUUCUGACUCCGAGGCUGAAGAUCACACAGAGAAGAAAGAUCCUAAGGUCGUCAAAAUCAGCGACAAAGACACGCUGGUUAUCGACUCGAAACGGCGUGAGAAACUCCUCAAAUCCAAGAAGAAACUUCUCAAAUUCAAGGGUAAGGGAACGAAAUUGGUCUAUGACGACGAAGGAAACGCACACGAGCUCUACGAGAUGGAAGACGAAGAAGCAUUCAAAGCCCGCGGUGAUGCAAAGGAACAGCAGGCACGGUUCUUGGCUGAGGAGGCGGCACGCACCCAGCGCGCGGAUAUGGAGGAUAAGGAGAUUGCUAAGCAGAAGAGGCGCGAGAAGAAGGAGAAGCGGAAAGCGAGGGAGCGCGAGCUCUUGGCUGAGGAGGAGCGUGAAGAGCGCGUCGCUCAGCUUGUUCCGUUUGACGAGGACGAGGACAUGGGUGAUGCAGGCGGGUACUCGCAGUCUUCGGAUGGAGAAGAGGAGGCGCCGCGACCGAGCAAGAGAGCAAAGGUGGAAGAGCCCAAGGCAGUGCCUUGGUACAAGAAAGAGGCCGGAAAAAAGAAUGAUGCCGGAGAGAAGCAAAUCCAGACAUUGGAGGAUCUGGAGUCGUUGGCUACGGGGCUGCUUGGGUAAUUGGUCUCUUUUUGUGCACUUUCUGUCAUUCCAGCGAUUAUCUACAUAUCCCUUGCAUGUACAUACAGAGUAUGGUAGUGAUG